UAAACCAAUACUCACUAGUAAAUGGUCAUCAGUCAACCAAGAAUAUAACACCUUAUCAUUAACUUGUACAAUUAAUUUAUGUCUGUAUGGAAGCGCCUUUUUUAGCGCUUUAAAAAAAAAGAAAUUCUCAUUUUUUUUACCUCUCGUAAAAAAAUUUUAAGAUGAGGGCCGUUAGCCCCCUCACUAAUCAGGAUUUUUCACCUAAUUAUAAAUAAGGACGAGAUUUCCCAUUUCUCCAUUGUUACAAUUAUUAUUUUGCAAAGAGUCUUGUGACAGAUAGUAUCAAUUGGAUUACUUGAAGAAGAAGAAAUAUAACUUAGCAACCAUGGCCAAAUACGAAUGUUCUGAACAUAUGCAUAGUUUCUUAAAGGAAUUACCAAAAUGUGAACAUCAUGUUCAUUUAGAAGGUACUUUAGAACCAUCAUUAUUAUUCAAUUUAGCUAAGAGAAAUGCUAUUACUUUACCAACUCAUUUUCCUCCUAGUGUUGAAGCUUGUAAUGAAAGAUACAAUAGAUUUACUGAUUUACAAGAUUUCUUAGAUCAUUACUAUAUUGGUAUGAGUGUUUUAAUUAAAGAAGCUGAUUUCUAUGAUUUAGCCAUGGAAUAUUUCACUAAGGCUCAUUCUGAUGGUUGUUUACAUUCUGAAGUUUUCUUUGAUCCUCAAGGUCAUGUUGAAAGAGGUAUCUCCAUCGAUACUGUGGUUGAAGGGUUUGAUAGAGCUUGUAAAGAAGCUAAUACUAGAUUUGGUACUACCAAUAAAUUAAUUAUGUGUUUAUUAAGACAUUUACCUGCUUCAUCUGGUUUACAAACCAUUAAUGAUGCUCAUAAAUAUUAUGAAUCUGGUAUUAUUCAUGGUUUAGGUCUUGAUUCUAGUGAAAAACCUUUCCCACCUCAUUUAUUCACUGAUUGUUAUCAAACUCUUAAAACUAAAUUUCCUCAAGUUGGUUUAACUGCUCAUGCUGGUGAAGAAGGUGAUCAUACUUUUGUUACCAAUUCUCUUGAUUUAUUAAACGUCACUAGAAUUGAUCAUGGUGUUAAUUCUCAACAUAGUGAUGAAUUAAUGGAAAGAUUAGCCGCUAAUAGAACAUUAUUAUCUUUAUGUCCAUUAUCAAAUGUUAAAUUACAAGUGGUUAAAGAUGUUUCUGAAUUACCAAUUGAUAAGUUUUUCAACAACAACGUUCCUUUCUCUAUCAAUUCUGAUGAUCCAGCUUAUUUCGGUGGUUAUAUCUUAGAUAAUUAUAUCACUGUUCAUACCAGAUUUGGUUUCAAUGGUCUCCAAUGGAAACAAAUUGCCUUAAAUGGUAUUAACGGUUCUUGGUGUGAUGAAGAUAGAAAGACCGAAUUAAGAAACUUGGUCGAUGCUGUUCACACCAAGUAUAAAGAUUUAAUCUAAUCUCGUCAAUACAAUUGACUUUCUUGUAACAUAUUUCAACAUAUUAUAUAGACUCUUUUUUUAUUAUUGCAUUUGCAUUUUUGGGUGGUUAUUAGCAUAUUCUCUACGGCAUUACACAUACAGAUGAACAUUUCAUUAUUCAACUAAUUUAUAAUUUUUUAAAUACACAUAAUUAUAUUA